AUAUUCUUUAUAAAAAUACUUUUACAUUAUAUUAAGAAAAUAAUUUCUACGAUUUGUUUACAUUUCCCGCGAUGAAAUGACGACAGUCGUUGCUAGGCAACCAACUUUUAAAAUUAUGAAGAUACAGCAACGGCGUCACGUCAACCAUUACACUAAAUAAAUAUUAUUUUAUUAAAAAUCUUACAAAUUUACAAAAAAUAUACAAUUUAUAAUUCAUGUUUUAUUAAUUUAAUACCGUACUUAUUUAUCUUUGUGUUGUGACGUGCGUGAGCAUCAAGAAAAUGUCUAGUAAGUGUCAAAAGAAAUGUCAAAUUUUGGGUUAAAAAUUUGACAUUCGUAUUAUAUGCAAAGUUCGCAGAAUUUUCGAAUUUUGCUAUCUUUCAAUUAAAAAAUAAAACAAAUAUACUAUAAAUCAUGGCACUGUUUUAAUAAUUGUUUUCAUAUUUGAUAAUGACUAGUCUUUAUUUCGAUAUUAGAGAGGAUCAGUGGCCGUUGGUGUAUGAUGAGAAAUACAACGUAUCAUUUUUAGGCCUCGAAAAGUUUCAUGUUUUCGAUGCUAAGAAAUGGCGUAAUAUUAUUCAAUACUUAAAAGAAGCAGAUUUUAUUACUGAUGCCUGUUUAGUGAGACCACUUCCAGCAAAAAAGAGUGAUCUACUUGUUGUCCAUACGAAAAGAUACCUCAAAUCAUUGAAAUGGAGCACCAAUGUGGCAAUAAUAGCCGAAGUACCUAUCGUGGCAUGUUUGCCAAACGUAUUUGUACAGUGCGCGUAUUUGAAACCAAUGAGAUUACAAACUGGAGGCUCAGUUCUCGCUGGGAAGCUGGCUCUGGAGCGAGGAUGGGCGAUAAACGUUGGGGGUGGUUUCCACCACUGCAGCAGCGAUAAAGGUGGUGGAUUCUGUCCCUACGCUGAUAUCACAUUGCUCAUACGUUUUCUCGUCAUGAAUGGGUUGAUACAGAACGCAAUGAUCGUUGAUUUGGACGCUCAUCAGGGCAAUGGCUACCAACGCGAUUUUCUAGGUGUACCAGAAGUGUAUAUAAUGGAUAUGUACAACCGUAACAUUUAUCCAAAAGACAAGGAGGCGAAGCAAGCAAUACGAAGGAAGGUCGAGCUUGCAAACAGAGUUGAGGAUUUGGAAUAUAUGCUCAAGUUGAGACAAAAUCUUAAGGCUGCUCUAAAAGAAUUUAAACCAGAUAUUUUGGUGUACAAUGCAGGGACUGAUAUUUUAGACUCGGAUCCACUCGGUCACAUGAGGAUUAGUGAAAUUGGAAUAAUAAAACGGGAUGAAUUCGUAUUUGAAAGUUGUAAAGAACGUCGCAUCCCAAUAGUGAUGCUUACUAGCGGCGGCUAUUUGAGGAAGACUGCGAAAAUUAUAGCGGAUUCGAUUCUCAAUUUGCACAGGAAGGGCCUAAUAAACGGUACGUGCGGUGAUAACGGUGAUGAAGCCGUUUGAAUAAGUAGGUGAUGAAGUUGGGGUUGUAUUUAAAAAAUGCUUUUUAAUGGCUGUUACAAAAAUAUACCUACGUGUGAUACAAUAAUUUAAUUAACUGUUCUCUUAUUAAUAUGAUUUACACUAGAAUACUAACAAUGUUUGUGUCUGAAAUACUUACAUAUUUUAAAAAAGGGGUAGUCUUAAAUUCGGUUGUAUUUUUUUACGUCUCUUAUCUCAUAACUCAGUCGUUUUAUAAAUUAAAUUAAUUUUGAAAAUGUUUCUUUUGAUCUAAAGGAACUUACUUUUAAAUUGGUCUCAUAGUAAUUUUAUCAAAAUUGGUUCAUUAGUUUAGUUUUUAGAUAAAAAUAACUAGUUUUGUCACAAUUGAAGUAAUUUUUUUAAUACAAAAUGAAAUAAUUCUGUUAUAAUUCUUAACUGCACAUAUUUUAAUACAUUUUUAUAGAUUGAGUAAUGUGCUACAUGACAAAAUUUAAUAAAAGUUUAAAAUUUUCAGCUAAUCUUUGUUAAAUAUGGUGGCAUUACUAAUUUUUAUUUUGUCUUCACUAUGGUCUAAAGGAAAUUUUAUUUAUUGUACGAUGGUGGUAACAAACAGACGGCCUCUCUGACGGUAAAUGGUUACUGGUUGUUGCUUUAAAUAUAUUUUCAUUUGUAAAGUGGGACUAGCAAACAUAUUAACCCUUAAAAGCCUGAUUUUUAAAUCAAACUAAAAAUAUAUAUGUAAGUGUACCCUUUACUGUGUUUACUAAUGGGGAAAAAUAGUAAAAAAAUGGAAACGAUAUUAUUAUAUACUUACUUAAAUAAAAAAAAAAACAUUUAGUAACAUGUAAACAGACAAAUAUUAAAAUAAAAUCGAUUGUAGGUGCCCAAUGCGAUUUAUAACCCCGAUAUCAAAUUUGAAACUUCAGGUAUUUAAGGGGUUAAGAUUAAUUUUAUCAUUUUAUACUAUCUGAAAAUAUUCGUGAUUUUAUUUGAAUGGUGACAAGGUAUUUUAGAGUACUUAACAAGUAUGCAUAAUGAUCUCAAAUGAAUUUAGUAGCUAACAUAGUAGAGGACUCGACGAUUGAUUGAAUGUAGGUUUGGAGCUGUUUAUUUUUUUACUUGCUGUUUUUGUAAUUUUUUUAGUUAUAAACUAUAGUAUACAGGUUCGCAAUCGGAAAUCAGUUGGAAAUGUAUGAAGGUAUAUGCACUGUGAAGUAAAACCGUGUGAAAAUAAUGUUUAUUUCCUUAUACAUAAGUAUCUAUUUCUAAAAAUUCACAGUGUAAGAAAGAGAAGAGCUGAGCUCAUUUGUUUCUCCUCUCUGUAUCUUUUAAAGAUUUAUAGGCCUAACAUUAGAACGCAUAGCGGUUCAGAUGGCCACCAUCAAGAAUUAGCCUAAUAUUAUAACUACAGGAUGAAAUCAAAAUAAUUGGCAUCCUUUAAAGGUCCAAAAUUGAAAAUGUGUUCCACAGAAAUGUACGUAAAAACGGCAAAAAACUUGAAUCUCUUAUACUAAACAAGCUACAAGUCAUCUAAAACGUGAAAAGUCUUAGAGUAUCAACAAAUGAUGUAGACAAGAGCUCAAAAUUUUUGUCAUUUUACGACCUACAUAUAUAAGGGUAAAUGGCACAUUUUCACUGAGAACCCCAUUUGUAAGUAUGAUGAUUAUUUUGGUUACACCCUGUAUAGAUGUUUUAGUCAUAAUAUCGAUCUCAAUAUUACGAAGUGCCAAUUGUUCUCGUAGUCUCUGCAAAUAAAAUUUGCAACGUUAAAUAUAUGUAAUUAGGUUUUCUAGAUCUCCAUUAAUAUUGUGUAAUGUGAUAUAUUUAUUUUAUAAUAUUUGCUUCUAAUAUUUAUUUUUCCAAAUAAAUACUAUUUUUUGUCAG